AUGACUCCACCAUUAACGCCGAUAAUAUUGGAUAAGCAAGCCGUUAGCGGGAUAACGGGCUCAAUAUCCUUAGCAUGCUGGAUUAUAGUUUUUGCUCCACAAAUUUAUGAAAAUUUCACGAGAAAAUCAUCGGAGGGCUUAUCAUUAACAUUUAUCAUUCUAUGGUUGGCCGGAGAUGUGUUUAAUGUUUUAGGGGCUGUUAUGCAAGGUCUACUACCAACGAUGAUCAUAUUAGCGGUGUACUACACUCUAGCUGAUAUUGUUCUUCUUUGGCAAUGUUUAGUCUAUGGAAAUGGUGAAGAUGGUAAAGAGAAAUUUAAUCCCGACUUCACUCAUUUGUCGCCAGCCACACCCAUAAAUGAAGACGUGUUGGAAUCUGCAUACUCAAGUGGCAACCAGGAUUUUUUUGUAAAUGAAGAUGCAAGUACCCGAUCGAGAACUAGGACAUCAAAUUUACAAACUGCAUUACUCAAUACGUUGAUGGUUUCAUUGGUUAUUAUAUCAGGCAUAGUCGGAUGGUACAUUUCCUACGUCAAAGAUUCACAUCGCAAACAUCCAGGUGAUGGUCAUCGUCCCGAAGAUCUUGUAUUUGAUCCAUUGGCACAAACUUUUGGAUGGUUGUGUGCCGCGUUAUACUUGGGCUCUAGAGUACCGCAAAUCGUAUUAAACUACGAACGUAAAUCAUGCGAAGGGAUAUCGUUUAUGUUUUUCUUGUUCGCAUGUUUGGGUAAUUUAACCUACGUUAUUUCCAUUCUAUCAAUCGAUACAAGCUGGAACUAUUUAUGGGUCAACUGUUCAUGGUUGGCGGGUUCGUUGGGUACUUUGGCUCUAGACUUUACGAUCUUUAUCCAGUUUUUCAUAUACAAUGGAAGUGAAGAUGAUAUUUGUGAUAGUGGGAGUGAGUAUACUUCGUCUUCAGCUAGUGAACGGUUACUUGCGAAUGAUGAUAAUACGUAUGGAACUAUCAGGAACUAG